GUCUACGGUUUCAUUCGCGACCCGAUGGCUGACCGAUGCCAUAGGUGUAAAGAAAGGUGUACAUUCGAUCUUUGCUUGUGUUCUGUGAUAGAUUAUGUGUGCUGGUGUGCUAGAGAACUCUCUUUUAUGGCAGUAGAGUGAAACGAAACGUAUCCGGUAAACAGAAGCAAACCGUAUCGGAUUGGACAAAACCGUUGGUCGGAGAGUCACAAACGGCCAGAAGUCUGCUGGAACCGUAGCCUGACGCAGCUUCCCGUGCUACCUAGUGAGGAUUCGAAAGAAAGGGAAUUGUUCUAUCGUUCAAUGUGAUCAUAAAGUGUGCUCUAUUUUUCACCAUAUUUAGUUUGUGAACGGUGCCAUCAAACAGAAGCAAAAGUGAAGGUAUUGUGAUGUGAUUUGGUAGGAAGUGAUACGUCGGUGGUAUUGUACACAGCAAAGUUUAAACCAUACUCAAAGUUUAAUCAGUGUGUGAGAGGUUUAGUGACCAUCGAAAUGACAUCCGAAAAGGAUAUGGAUGUGUGCAAUGAGCCGCACAAUGGUGAAACAAUGGAAAAUGGGCAUCGUACCGUUGGUGAAGCUCGGCAAGAUCCCGAUCGUGAGCAUGAAGCUGGCGAUCGUGAUCAUUUGACCGAGCAGGUGAUAGUGAGUGAACCAAAGGAAAGCUAUGCCGUGUACAACAAUGGCAAGAAAGCGGAAAAGAUACCAGAGAUGGAGAAAAUGUUACCCGAGGAUGUGGAGAAUAUGUAUCGGGAUAUGCCACUUACCAAGGAUACGUCUUGUGGGUUCUGGAUAUUCCAGGGUCCUUUGUUGCAAAGAUUCGCCAACAAGAAAGUGUACGUGUUCAUGUACGGUGUGGUGGGAUGCAUCUUUUCCGCCACCUAUGCAUACUUUAACGGUACGAUCACAACGCUAGAGAAACGCUACAAAAUCCCCAGCAAAAACACGGGCAUCAUCUCGGUGGGCAACGACAUCAGCGCACUGUUGCUGUCCGCCAUCUUAAGCUACUACGCCGGCAAGGGCCACCGGCCGCGUUGGAUCGCAUUCGGGCUGCUGAUGAUAACGGUGUUCUGCUGGAUGACGGCCCUACCCCAUCUAUUGUACGGGCCGGGUGAAGCGGCCCUCUCCCUUACCACCGAGUACGGUGCCACGUAUGAUGCGAACCAAACGCUCGAGGUGAUGGAGGCACAGAAGGCAAAAACACUUUGCCGAACAAAUGCGACCCGUGGUGCGGAAUGUGAACGGGAGGAGGGCACGUUAGCACCUCAGAUUGUACUAUUUGUCGCACAGUUUAUCUCCGGCAUUGGUAGCUCCCUGUACUAUACGCUUGGUGUUUCGUACAUGGAUGAUAAUAUCAAGAAAUCGAAAACACCGGCCCUGGUCAGUGUGUCUUAUUUUCUGCGUAUGCUGGGUCCGGCCAUCGGUUAUGCACUAGCGUCCUACUUCCUGAAGCUCUACAUCUCACCCUCGAUGACACCGACCAUCAGCAAUACGGAUCCCCGAUGGUUAGGUGCCUGGUGGAUGGGAUGGUUUAUUUUAGGUGCCGUCCUUGCCUUCUUCGCCAUCUUUAUGGCGAUGUUCCCCAAGCAGCUACCGAGAGCCGCCGCAAGGAAGCGAAUCGCACAGGAAAAGCGUCGACUCGGGAUGCAGCUUAGUGAUGCAUCACGGCGCGAAGAUGAACUGCCGGCCUCGUUUAAGGACAUGCUGAAAACCUUCAAACGGUUGCUGCGGAACAAAAUCUUGAUGCUGAACAAUAUCGCAUCGGUGUUCUACUUCUUCGGCUACAUGCCGUACUGGAUCUUCACACCGAAGUACAUCGAAACGCAGUACAAACAGUCCGCUUCUACCUCGAGUUUGGUCACGGGUACGGUUGCUCUGUGCUUCUCUGCAAUCGGUGUGCUACUGUCCGGGUUGGUCAUCUCGAAGUUUAAACCAAGGGCACGCUAUAUGGCCGCUUGGAACGUGAUCGUGGGAGUGCUCUCCGUGAUGGGAAUGAUCGCGUACGCUUUUCUCGGGUGUACGGCCAGCGAGGACUCCGUCAUCGUAAACAUUCCUUCACAAACGGACCUUACACCGACGUGCAAUUCAGCUUGCCAGUGUGAUUACGUCAAGUACUCUCCGAUCUGUGGUGAGGAUGGUAACACCUACAUUUCUGCAUGUCACGCAGGCUGCAGGCGUCAGAACCAGUACGGUGAUCUUAAAAUCUAUGGCGAGUGUUCGUGUAUUACGUCGGUGGCCAAUUACACUAGCCCGCUCUACAAACAGCUGCUUUCGGAUGGCAAUCGUACCAGUGCUACUCGUGAUGAGAAUGCAUUUUCAGUUGGAGGAUCAGCCAUAGCCGGACCAUGUCCACUAGACUGUCACAAAGAGUUUAUCACCUUCCUGGUAGUGAUGUGCUUCUUGAAGUUUUCCGGCGCUACAGGACGGGCGAGUAACUUCCUCGUGUCGGUACGGUGUGUCGACGAGAAGGAUAAAGCCGUUUCGAUGGGUUUCGGCAUGAUGGUGUUGAGCCUGAUGUCCUUCAUACCGAGUCCCAUCUUCUUUGGCCUGGUGCUGGACAAAACGUGUCUCGUGUGGGGUAAAACAUGCACCGGCAAGGGUAACUGUUGGUUGUACGAUGGUGAAACGUUAAGAUAUUUGCUAAACUUCAUAGCGGCCGCCUUCGUGCUGGUGGGAACACUGUUCGAUUGUGGCGUAUGGUAUUAUGUAAAGGAUCUGAAAAUAUUUGACGACGAGGUAAAGGACAAGGAGAUAGCGCUGGCUGACAAAGAGGAGGAAGCCAUCACAGAUCGCCCAACGUAGACGGGCAGACGAAUUCACUUGUUCCUCAUAUGUCAUUUCAUUUUGAGACGAAUGUUGUUGUUGAUGAUGAUUGUGGUUUGUUGUAUAGUGAAACUAUGACGAUUAUUUAAAUAAUUAGUAAUCUGUUAAGAAAUAAAAAAAAACAUUAAGAUA